AUGGAUCAUCAUCCUUUGGGAGAACAAGUCAUCAACCCUCAAGACAUUGGUGAUGAGGAAUUACUUCAAAUUGUAAUGGGGAUGUUUGAUGAUCAAGAGAGUAACACUGGGGAAGAGAGACCUGCAAGUAUUGAAGAGGUUUUGGAAAUGGUGGUGGAAAACGAACACAUCCUGAGCAAACCUCCUGAAGAUUUUGACACGAAAAUGUUCCUUGAGUCAUUCAAAGGGCAAUCUGUGGCUGGGGAAGAAUCAAACUUUGGAGGUGAGAAGAAUGCUGCCGUGGAUUUGGCUGUGAGGAAAGUUGAUCACUUUUCUGCCCAAGUCCAGAUUGUUGCAAAAACACCUCACAGAAAACAGUCAAGAUGUAUUUUCCCAAAAGGAUCUAAAGGAGUUUUACCAACAAUCUCUUGACAUUUCAUAGCCUGCGUAGCAUGGCGGUUUUGUUGAGCCGGGCGGAGGAGCGGCGUAGCCGCGAAAUUCGCGCGCGAAGCGCGCGAGAACGAGCGACGAAGCCGCGAGAAAAAUAAAAACCGCCUGCCCGGAUUCGUGGCCUUUUCAACUGCCGCCCCCUUCAACUCAUUUUGACAUCCUGUUGACAACUUGUUUGGUUUCAGUUUUCCCAGCCAAUCAGAAAUAAAGUGUUGACAGCCUAAACACGACACAAAAGCUCGUGAUAUAGUGUAAAACGUGACCUUGGCCGGAAUUGGAGUUUGCUUGAACAAACACGGGUUUUUUCUUUGUGGCUAUCUCGCGCAUAGGUGACUACACUGCGUUCUAAACUUGACUGAGUAGAUCUUAUUUUUGCUGCACUAAGUCUUACAUUUAUUUAGAGGUCAUGGAGUUGGUUUGUUUAAUCCGUAUUGAGUAAUUAUUUCCUGUGGUUAAUGUUAUUUUCGCUAAUUAGAAUUUGUUGAUCUCAGAUGCAGUUGUAAAGUACUAAUUUCUUUGACCACUCUUAAAGCCUAAAGCUUUUUAUUACGGCUAAAUAAAUAUUUUAGUUUCUUUGGUCUUUUCCGACUAAAAUGCCUGGAUCUGGACAACUACAAACCAAGGAGCCUUGGUUUGUAGUUUCUUUGUCACUGCUUUGUCCGUGAAUGUUUUGACGCUGGGCCCGGCUUUUUAAGUGUUGUUUGCAGGAUGUUGUAUUUUUACGUAUAGCGCGAUCUUCAGAUUUGAGUUGUAGCUUAAGCUACACCAAGCAAAAAAGUAUGGAGAAUUACGCUGUGCGUCUUCUACCAUAUGCGAUUCAUCGACCACAAUCGCGGACGCCGUUCGAUGUAUUGCGCUGGAGUGCGUUAUUCUCUAACACCGAGUAAUAGAGAAAAUUGAGGUGAACUUUCUCGAAGCACUGAAAUUUACUGUUUCUGUCAUAAGGUCCAUUGCUUUACAUCUCAGCGACACCAUUUCAGAUAUCUGGUCCUCGAUAGUACUUUUUUAGAGGGAAAUUGUGAUCAUACAGGUUUUCGAUGAGGAUAUUUCUUCUUUGGCCAUAGCAAAGACAGUAAAGAUCAUGCUCUUGCCAAAUCUUGUUGACAAAAUUUCCAUGACAUCUCUCCUUUGAAGAAGACUGUAAAUGGCCAUUUCCUGUUUAGGCUUCAAUACAAUUGCCCUAUUUUCCCGUCAAAUAUUCAAGAUCGACGACACUCCGGUCAACGCUUCUUUGAUAUUUUGAUUUUGUUUUGCGGAGAUGAUUUGUUCAGUCCCUCGAAACUCUCCCAUGGGAGAUUACCAAAAUAUUUGAUUGACAGGCGAACAUUCCGAACCAAUCGGAACGAUCCGUACGCUGGCGUGCGGACCGACUCAAAAAAGCCCCCCGUCCGUGCAGGCGGUUUUUCAAGUUGCUUCCGCCCCAAUCUCCUCGCGGUUUCUCUGCCCUCGCCCGACUUUAUUACUUAGCGCGCCCAACCAAAACCGCCAUGCUACGCAGGCUAGACAUUUCAAGAACAGUAGAGUAUAGAGGACGGCUCAACGAAUGUUUUCAGACACCUGAAAACACUUUACUAAAACCGGCAGAGAUUAGCAUUGACUUCGACAUUGUCAUAGGUGUAUUCCACAAUACACUACAUAUUGUUAGAGAGUCUGUCAGGGUAAAAUCACGUGAUGACAUGGUGUCCACAUUUUAUGUUAAGCAAAUGGAUGAUGUUGGAAAAGGAAAAGUUCGUUUUGUGGCUGCGUGGGCAGUGAGCAGGGUACUACAGAAGGCAAAAAAAUACUUAAGGGACAACUUGUACACUAGCAGUGCCGUAUGGUCCCUAGUUAACAAUUGCCUUCACAAGAUUGAACUUAUUGAAAGCAUUGUCGUGAUUCCCUGUGGAAUUUUAUGUUCUGAAACAAAGCACCCUGGAACACUCGAAGUGACAGAGUCACGACAAUACAAAACUCAUGGCCUGAUCCAUGUCUCAGAUCAGUUCUUUGAAUUUGCGCUUGAAUUGGAGCAGAAAAGAAUGAAUGGCUUAAAUAGUAGAAUGCUCAAAAAGCAUAGUGACAAACUGGUUGAAGUUGUUGAAGCUGGCUUGUUGAAUGACCAGGGCCUUAGGUUACAAUGGAGGGACCUAUUUGACAGUUUUGAUAUCAUGGUAAUAUAA